AUGGGCUCCCGCUGGCUGCUCAUACUGAUGCUGCUUCAGGCAGUUUGGAAAGGUGCUCUGGGAAAAUCGCAUUCACUGCACACUCGAGGAAUCAUUGAAUUGGCUGGAGCUAUAUCAUGUGGCACGGGACGGUCUCCCUUGGCAUAUAUUGGCUAUGGAUGCUACUGUGGACUGGGAGGACGAGGCUGGCCUAAGGAUAAAACAGACUGGUGCUGCCACAUGCAUGACUGCUGCUAUGACAAGGCAGAGAAGGCAGGCUGCAGCCCCAAGGUGCAGCGCUACCGGUGGACGUGUGAGCAGAACACCGUGCGGUGCGGUAACCUGACAGACCAGUGUGAAAAAAUGGUGUGCCUGUGUGACCAAGAAGCAGCCAAGUGUUGGGGAGCAGCCCCAUACAACCCACACUUCAUCCUCUGGCCAGAUUUUUUAUGUGGACGGACUCAUCCCACCUGCCAUGUCAGAAAUGGGGGGCCAGAAUAGUCUUUUUAGGACCUUUCUUCCAACCCUUUGAACACAAAGGUGCUGCAAUAAAAUUCUUCCUCCUUUACCAGAGC